GUCUCAUGCAACCAGCUGCAGGCAUACUCACCUGACUGACACACAUCGCAUUCAGCCAUUCAGCCAGCCAUCCAUCCAUCCAUCAGCCAUCCGGUCGGUCAAUGUUCUCUCUGCCUGCCUCCCACACACGCUGCACGGACAAACGCAUCAAACGCAUCAAACGCAUCAAUCAAACGCAUCAAUCAGAUGACGGCUCGUGUGGCGGCCAGUACAGCAGUGGCGACGGUGAGUGCGGUGUAGAGGGCGUGCUUGCGCGAUGCGUCGCCGCCAGGUUUGAUGCAUUCUUUCUCCUCCUUCUCGACGUAGUCGCCGCUGUCCUUGGGGUCCCAUGGGAUCCGCGGGCCGAAGGGAAUCAUCCACUUGGACGUGUUGCUCUCCAUGUAACCGUACCUGGUGAGUGAGACGCGACACGACACGAGAAAGAUGAGAGUGUGGGAAUUGAAGUGGAUGUCUUUCUUACUGUCUGUAGCCCUCCCUUCGGUGGAUGGUGUGGAAGAGGUACUUGCCCCCCUGGCUGAGGCACUUCUUCUCGAAGUCGCGGGUGCAGAAACACACUGACAGCAGCAGAUUGGCGUUGAGCUUCACACAGCACUCGCUCAACAGACCGUUGCACGUCGCCCAGUGACCGCUGCCCGGACCGCAGGGCAUCCCCUCCUCAGCUACACACACACACACACACACACACAGAGAGAGAGAGAGAGAGACACGGGAGACACACAGAGAGAGGGAGACACGUGCAGGUGAACAGACACAAACAACAGGCGCCUUUUGGUUGCGUCGAUAUCGCCCAUCCAUAUAUUCACCGGUUCCGGUGAAUUUCUCCUUUUCGAAUUUGAGUUGGUGCGGCCCGGCUCGUAGAAGCCCAGUCUGUUGUACUUUUUGGUCCUGGCGUCGAAGUAGUGGUAGUAACCGCCGUCGCCAAACGGAUGCGGCUCGAAGAUCAACGGCACGAAAACUUCCGGCUUGACCCCUGCCUCGGCGGCCCCUUUGCCCUUCCCUGCUGCUGUUUCUGCUGCUGCUGGUGCUGGUGCUGGUGCUGUUGCCCCUGGUGCGGCUCCUUCUGGUAGUGGUGGGGCGACGGUCUUGGCGCCGGUGUUGAUCAUGAGGUCAGCGGAGUUGAAGCACUUUUGGUACUCGAGACACUUGGCAGUCGGUUUGCCGAUGGUCAUGGACUGGUAGUUCAUGCAGCACUGAAGGGUGACCUUCUCCUGGGGGUCGCGACACCGGUCAAACACACCCGUACCAGGGCCGCAUGGCUCGCCCUCCUUGGCUGCACGACAGCCCAAAACACACACGCACACACACACACACACACAUCCGCGUGGCGUCGAAGCAAGGGCGGGGCGUCAUUGCAAGUGCAUGCAGCCCCAGCAAUCAAUACCCAGGGGAGCGUCGAGGUAUGAGUGCGUAUAGAUGGCUUCGAGCCCGGGGCUCUUCUUGACCGUCCAGUCGGGCUUCGACAGGUCCGUCUUGGUCGGUGACAAGGAGCUAGACGAAUUACCACCACCAACAGGGGCAGCAGCAGCAGCAGAGAGAGCAGCAGAGAGAGAGGCAGGAGGGGCAAUCAUGCUGAUCCGUUGAUUCUUCGCUGUGACCGUCAUUGCAGAGGCAGUUGCAGAGCUGCUGUCGCUCGUGUUAGUGGUGGCCGUUGUGCCAGUGGUGGCUGAGCUGGCUGUUGAAUUGGCUUUGGUCUUGCUGACGUCCUUGGCGGCCCGCAUGGCCGGCUGCACGAGCUGCUGUUGAGGGCGGGAGGCAAUGAUGUCGCCAUGGCCGCACUGCGACAGCAUCAGGCAAAAGAACAUUAAGCAUGCGGCGAUGGGGCUUAUACAAGGCGGCAUUGUGAAGUCGCUCCUAUCCCUGAUGGGCCAACGAUGAGGGAGAACAAGAAAGCAAAAUCA